AUGGCUUCAAAAACAAGCAUAUCGGAAAAUAAAAAAACAUGGUAUGUCCUACCUGAAGAGAAGAAAGAUUUAAGUUUGCACGAAGCUCUAUCUACGAAGCGAGCAAUAAUCAAUACAAUUAAUUCUAUCAAACCUAUCAACGAUAAUAUGUUAGAAGAAAAAAUUAUUGAUAAUAAACAUAGAGAUGAAUCAGAUGACAAUUUUUUAGAUGAACGAAUUAAGGAAUUAGAAGCUAAACUAAGACUUAAUGAUAAGUAUAAGUUGCAAGACGUUGAAAAAAAAAUUUUUCUGGAAAAAUUCAACAAAAAGCAAAACCCUACUGAAUGGAUAGAGAAAUUUGAAAAUGAAUGUAGAAGGCAUAAAAUACUAAAUCUUACUAAUGUCAUAAAAACAUUACGCUUCUUUUUAUCUGGGUCACCGGAAGAUUGGUACGAAUCAAAUUUAAAAAAGAUCGGUUUAACUAAUUGGUCAGAAUGGAGAAAGUCCUUUCUGACCAUUUUUGCAGAUAGAGACCACAUUGAAGAUGAAAAUAGAAGAAAAGAUAUUUUAAAUUUAAUAAACAAGUACAAACAUAUGUUUGUAAAAGAUAAAUAUGAUGUAGGAAAAGUGAAGUCUAAAGAAGCAGAAAUAAAAUUAACCAGAGAUGAAUAUGUAACAGCAAGACCAUAUAAAUGUUCCAUAGUUGAUGAGGAGGAAAUCAAGACUCAAGUCAAGAAGUUGUUAGAAGCUGAUUUAAUUGAAGAAUCGCAAACGAGACAAAAACUUCGCAAGCGAUAA